CAGUACAUACAGUAUAUACAAUGGCCUAAAAUUUCACUGACUUGUAGUGGCCAAAUGGUUUGGGCAAUCAAAAUUAACUUAGUAUGUUUUUGUCAGCAAGCUCUCUACUUGCUAUAUUACAUAUUUUAUGCUUCUCAGAUAAAGGGCCUAGGACUAGUUUAAAAAGUUUUUUUUUUUUUAAUUAAAGAUGGCAGAAAGUAUGUCAGCCAAAACCGUAUGGCAAAAUGAUGCAGGAGGACUCUUGUAUUCUGCUGAUAUAAUAGUUUUACUCUAUUCCCUACAGUUGUGAAGAUAUAAACCAAAAGAUAAAUUCAUAUAUUACAGCAUCCCCUUCAGGUGGAAAUGUGUCAUUUACUUUGCCUGAGUAAGGGGUGUGAUGUGGGAUCUAACUGCCAAAUUUGGUGGCAAUAUGUCAAUGAUAACACUGUGUUAUAGCUGUUUAAAUAAAUUGGCCUCCACCUCAAUAGAAAAUGAUUGACAUGUGGUGGCCAUAUUGUUUUGAUAAUUAUUAAGUUUUACACUCUGUCCAGAAAAAAGGCCAAACCAUUGGGAUAGCGUAUACAGCAUAUACAGUUAAAAAAAAAAACUUAGACAUGAUCAAUACAGGAGAAUAAAAACAGUACCCAUAUGAAAAAUAAACAGAAGUUUGCCACAAAAUGGAAAGACAAAGAGAGAUUGCAUGAUAAGAGUUAGUGGCAGAAUGAAAAAAAACUUAAAUAAGACUGUUCAUGGGAUUGUAAUGUCAAGAGACUCCAUCUUUUCUCACUGAACACUUUAUUAGGAACACCUACACAUUCAUGCAAUUAUCUAAUCAGCCAAUCAUGUGGCUGCAUAAAAUCAUGCAGAUACGGGCCAACAGCUUCGGGUCAUAUUCACAUUAAUAAUCAGGACGGGGAAAAAAUGUGAUCUCUGUGAUUUUGACCGUGGCAUGAUUGUUGAUGACAGAUGGACUGGAUUGAUUAUUUCUAUAACUGCUGAUCUCCUGGGAUUUUCACACACAACAGUCUCUAGAGUUUACUCAGAGUGGUGCAAUAAAGAAAAACUAUCCAGUGAGCAGCAGAUGGAAACGCCUUGUUGAUGAGAGAGGUCAACGGAGAAUGGCCAGACUGGUUCAAGCUGACACAAAGGCUACAGUAACUCAGAUAACCACUCUUUACAUUUGUAAUAAGCAGAAAAAUUCAAUUUAACACCUUUGGGAUGUGGUAGAAUGGGAGAUUCAUAGCAUGAAAGUGCCCCUAAAACAUCUGCAGGAAUUGCCUGAUGCAAUCAUCUCAACAUGGACCAGAAUCUCAAAGGAGUGUUUCCAACAUCUUGUGGAAUGCAUGCCACUAAGAAUUUAAACUGUUUUGAGAGUAAAUGUGGCUUCGCUAAAGUUCAUGACCUCCCUCUCAGACCCAGUAAAUCUCCUUUGGCAGUGGCAGCGUUAGACGGAAGACCUCUGGGCGCCGGUCAGGUCCAAUACACCACCAAUGACAUCUGCCUGACUACUGGCGCCAUGCACUCAGAAACCGUUUCUACAUCAUACAAGCUCCCAAUAACCCAGUUAUUCUUGGACUACCCUGGCUUCAGCUCCACAAACCACAGAUCUCAUGGACUGAGGGUCAAAUCACUCACUGGUCGGCCAAGUGUUUUGCACAGUGUCUUCAGACCCUAGAACCGACAUCACUUGAAGCAGCCAUCGUCAAGAUGGACCCCUUGCCUUCAGCCAAUCUUCCUUUGGAGUAUGCUGAUCUAGCUAAGGCAUUCAGCAGGUCCAACGCCACCCAACUAAAGCCACAUCGGCCUAGCGACUGUGCCAUCAAGCUGCUCCCUGGUUCCACACCGCAGAAUCUUUCCUCCUUCACAACCAGAAACUGAAGCCAUGAAAGCCUACAUAGAAGAAGAACUGGCUAAGGGCUUCAUCGUUCCAUCUACGUCUCCUGCUUCCGCCGGAUUCUUCUUUGUCAAAAAGAGAGAUGGGGGUCUUUGGCCCUGUAUUGAUUAUAGAGGCUUAAACGAAAUAACUGUCAAGUUCCGGUACCCUUUACCUCUAGUUCCACCAGCUCUGGAGCAGCUUCGCUCCGCCACAUAUUUCACCAAGCUCGAUCUGCGCAAUGCCUACAAUCUGAUUUGCAUAAAGGAGGGGGACGAGUGGAAGACUGCCUUCUCCACCACUUCUGGGCACUAUGAGUACCGGGUCAUGCCGUUCGGGCUCGUCAACAGUCCCUCAGUCUUCCAAGCAUUCAUAAACGAUGUAUUCCGUGACAUGCUCAAUAAAUGGGUCAUCGUUUACAUGGAUGACAUUCUCAUUUACUCUGACGCUCCUGAAACACACAUUCACCAUGUCCGAGCCAUUCUACAACAUUUGAUCUCCCACCAGUUAUAUGCUAAAGCAGAGAAAUGUGAGACUUCCACCACGUUCCUGGGAUAUCUGGUCAGUCCUGAGGAAGUGGCGAUGGAUGAUCGCAAAGUGCAGGCCGUCCUGAACUGGCCCCAACCUACGACUGUCAAGGAGAUGCAGAGGUUCCUUGGAUUUGCUAACUUUUACAGACGUUUCAUCAGAGACUUCAGCUCCAUCGCAGCCCCCAUGACUUCAAUGACUAAGAGGAGGGGAGGUCAAUUAUCCUGGUCGCCCGUAGCUGACAGAGCCUUUAAUCACCUCAAGGAACGUUUCUCCACUGCACCUAUACUCCAUCACCCUGAUCCUGAGCGCGAGUUUAUAGUGGAGGUAGAUGCCUCCAGCACAGGCAUCGGGGCCGUUCUUUCGCAAUGUCAUGGCAGUCCACCCAAAUGGGCAAACCGAGCACCUCAAUCAAGAGAUCACUCGCUUUCUAAUAUCCUACUGUCACCGCAAUUAAGCUGAUUGGGCAAUUAAGCUGAUAUCUGUUUUGGGCAGAAUACACACAAAAUUCCCUGCACAAACAAUCCACCGGGCUUACACCCUUCCGAUGCGUGCUUGGGUUCCAACCACCUCUCUUUCCCUGGUCCAGGGAGCCCACAGAAUUACCCGCAUUUAAUGACUGGCUCAGGAAGAGUGAAACUACCUGGAGCGAGGCCCAUACUCAUCUCCAACGUGCCAUCAGGAGACAGGAGGAACAAGCAGAUCACCACCGACGUCUCAACCCUGAGUAUGUCCCGGGAUCGUGGGUCCGGCUCUCCACUCGAGACCUCCGGCUCUGACUACCCUGCCGCAAACUCAGUCCCAGGUACGUGGGUCCAUUCAAAGUCGUUAAACAAAUAACCCCCGUUUCUAACCAUUUGGCCUUACCUCCACAAUAUCGUAUCUCACCCACUUUUCAUGUCUCUCUGCUCAAGGCCACUGGUGCUCCGAGAAGGGCGGAUGACCUAGAUGAGCCCCGGAACCAGGGACCCCCUCCCCUUCCUCUCAUCAUCGACCAUGAAGAGGCAUAUCAGGUUCAGGAGAUCUUAAACUCUCGGCGCCGGGGAGGAGUCCUGCAAUAUCUCGUGGACUGGGAGGGGUAUAGACCGGAGGAGAGAUCCUGGGUCAAUGCCAAGGACAUUCUUGACCCGUCUCUUACUACUGACUUCCACAGGACUCAUCCGGAUAAACCGGGUCCUCGUCCUUGCGGAAGACCCCGGCGUUGUUUGCCUUCUCACGUCAGGAGCCUCUCGCAGGGAGGGGGCUCUGUAACGAAUCCGGCCUCUGUGGUUCCCCCUGAUCGUCACCAGAGGUCUUGUUUUGCCCCAGCUGACAUUUCUGAGUGUUUCUACCUUCUUUGUUGGAUUACCGUGUUUUGACCUUGGACUGUUUUCUCUCGUUUCUGGAUUCUUUGCUGCCUGCCCUGAUCAUCUGCCUGUCUGAUUACUCUGCCUUUGUCUCACCUCUGAUUACCCUGUUUGCUGUUGCUCAACCACACCUGUAUGACUGUGUCUGCCUUUUAUUAAA